CCACAUCUACCUUGUCACAUUUUCUUCUCUUUCUCAUUUUCUCUCUCCUCCUUCUCCCUCUUCUCUCUGUCUAGCUUCAGGAGCAACCAGCUCCAGCAGCACCCUUUCUCUGACUCUCCCUCCCUCUCUUCUCUGCUCCGAAAGCUAGAAGAGACUUGUUGCUUCGGACCUUCCAAUCGCAUCUACCGACUUUGAUCUUCCUGAAUCCCCGCCCCAGAUUCCACCUUUUUUGAUCCAAGUCUAUUUGAUUGUUCGUGCCGGUGGUGAAGAUCACCUUAGUAUAUUUAUUAAACGACAUUGAAUAUUCAGAAUGCCAAAGGAGAGAAGAGAUAGGUCUUUGUCGCAUGAUAGUACCAGAACAUCACCUUAUCCAAGCAGCUCUAGCCGAGUCCGAAGAUCGGCUCCUAAAAGUACUUUUGAAUCUGAGGAAAACGUUAAAGAAUGGGAGGACGCUAGAUGUCCAGUCUGCAUGGAGCAUCCUCACAAUGCUGUUCUCCUCAUAUGUUCAUCGCAUGAAAAGGGCUGCCGCCCUUAUAUGUGCAAUACUAGCUAUCGCCACUCAAAUUGUCUUGAUCAGUUCUGCAAGUCAUUUGCUGAAACCUCUUCAGCGCCUCCUCAAGUAGAAUCUCAGUUAGAAAGUCAAAUUUCAAGCCCAAAUUCAUCUCAUGUCCAAAGUACUGAAGCAAAUACCGAUGAUACGCAAGAAGAAAGAAGUGAAGGAUUUGUGACAAUGCAAUCUUUAGAAGAGGGGACUGAAAAACCAAAGCUAGUAUGCCCUCUAUGUAGAGGGCACAUAAAGGAAUGGAAAGUGGUGGAGGCUGCUCGUCAUUUCAUGAACGAAAAAUCAAGGAGCUGUUCCUGUGAGACUUGCACCUUUACCGGGACAUAUACAGAUCUCAGGAAGCAUGCAAGGAUAGAGCAUCCUCUUGUACGUCCAUCCGCAGUAGACCCAGAGCGUCAGCGGAACUGGAGGAGGUUGGAACGACAGAGGGAUCUUGGCGACCUGCUUAGCACUCUGCAGACUUCCUUUGGAGAGAACAGGGCUGAUGAUGGUCUUCCUCCCAUAGAUGAUGGUGGUUUGCUGGCUGUGUUUUUCCUUAUUCUUCAACCUGCAUCCGUGUCUCGUGGUGGUGCUACAGGAACUAGACUCCAAAUGCGUAUAAGGAGACCUAGGCUCUGGGGGGAAAGCUAUGAAGGGGAAUCUGGAUCUGCAUCUAGAGAUGAUGCAAAUGAGUCUUCGGAUGGAGGAUCAGAUAAUAGAAGGCGUCGUGUCCGUAGACGGAUGAAUCCCGAGGAUCAGCAAUGAUGUGGAAAAUAUUUGCAUUAUUUGUAAGAGUUCCCAAGUGGAAGGAAAGGAGAAGGGGGAGGAGUUAUCGGCUUUGAUGCUCGAAUAUGCUCCAUGAUUGUGCAACAAUUCUGGGUUUGCAUUGCUGAUUGUCAGGGGAUGAAGAAAAAGACGUUACUCGCCGGUGAUUCGGUGAUAUCUGUAUAUUUAGCAUUUUUAUCCUUCCCAAUCUGUGCUGCUAUUUCUCGAGGAUUUUGAACUAUUGAGUUUGAAAUAAAAAUCUACUGUUGUCUUCAAUAA